AUGUGUGAAAAGGAUGAUGUCCGCAAGUUUGGAGCCGUAGCCACAACUGUGUUCUUCUCUGUGGUGGUCGUGCUCAGUGUGAUUGGAAAUGUUCUCGUGCUCAGUGGUGUAGUCUACUAUAAAAACCUGAAGUCCAUGACCAACACCUUCCUGUUGAACCUUGCCCUCUCUGACCUCGUCUUCACCAUCGGGCUGCCCUUCUGGGCCUACUACGACAUCUACACCUGGACCUUUGGGGAUUUUGGCACAGAAUUAUGCAAAGUUGUCAGAUUCAUCUUCGAUGUUGGCUUUUACAGCAGCACCAUCUUCUUGACCACCAUGACCAUCCACCGCUACAUGGUAGUGUUUCACCCCAUGUCCACGAUUUCCUGGCACUGCGAGUAUGACAGUCAGGUGUGGAAGAGAGUGGGAGCGUACCUGCAGAACGGCUUCUUCCUGGUCUCGUUCGCCAUCAUCUCCUUCUGCUAUCUCCAGAUCCUUCUGCAGUUCCUGCGCCCCACCUCCCACACCAGGCACAAGACAGUGCCCCUCAUCUUCAUCACCGUGGUCAUCUUCUUCCUGGGCUGGGCGCCGUAUAACGUCGCCUUGUUCCUGACAACACUAUGUGACCGACUGUUGUCUCCUUUCGACAACUGCGACGCAUGCAAGACCGUCGACUACAUGUACUAUGUGAGCCGUCUGGUAGCCUUCUCCCACUGCUGCCUCAAGCCCUUGUUCAUGGGCAUCAAGUUCCAGAACCACCUGAGGAAGCCGCCUCAUAUUCUCCCAUGGUGA